CCUAAACAAGGAAGAAACUCGUGCUUAUCCUGUUUUUGAAAUUCGAAGUUUGUUUAUCUGCGUUUCUUGUUUAUUUGAACAUAUUUUAUAUCCUCAAACGAAUGUAAAAAAUAGUAGGGUUAAAUUAACGUUAAUUUGUAUGGUUUUAAUAACAUUACACUGAAAUGUUUGUAAAUUUGCUGAAUGUUUAAGCACUAAUGAGCAACAUUAGGGGCCUGGUGAGUUGCACGAUACUUUCUCUUCAAGACUCGUGUCUUGUAUACCCGUACUGCAAAUGCUGUUUAUCCAGGUUAACGCAGGAAAAUAAAAGGACAACAUGUUAUAGGUGUGGAUUCCAAUGUGACCUGAAAAAUGUGGACUACAGAUACAGGCUUUCUGUUAAGGUGUCCAGAAAUCAAGAUAUAUUUGGUGUGACAGUAUUUGGUGGAUGUUUAAAUCCUUUCUUUGGAAUUACGGCUGGUGAUCUUCAAAGAUGUAUUGAAUUGGAGAAAUCUAAUGGUCCACAUGUUGUUCAACAACUGCUUAUCAAAGCCGUGGAAGACUGCUUCAUAGGAAGAUGCGUUGUAUUGGGGUUAAAGGUCUCUCAUGAUGAUGUUUCAACACGGUUGGGAGAUCAACAGUCGUCCUCACUGGUUUUGAAGUCCAAACAGUUAGUUGCCUGUCAAAUAUUUUCCCCAAGUCAGGCAUUUGCUGGAUUCACUGUAUUUGGUUAUUUUAAAGACCUAUUGCAGUCGCAUUCACAUUUGUUUAGUUUUGAAUCUGCCAGUGUUUCACAACAAAAAGACUCACAAAGAGAUGAACUAAACAGCUUUGAUUAUACUUUGCCGUUAUGUGCAAGAUUAAAUUCUCAACCCAGCAGUGACGAAUUCACACUGUCAGAUGUAUGGCAAUCGCCUGGUUUAUGCUGCACUCCAGGAGAAAUAAGUAGUGAUUCAUUACAGCACUAUGAUUUCGAUUUUCUUUUACCAAAGAAUGAGGACAGGAAAACAUGUCAAACCGAUCUGGAUCAACAUGUUAGUGGUAUACAAGAUGAACUGAAAAAUGAUGCCCAAAGCAGUGACAGAAAAUCUUUGUCUGAAAAUGAUUCUGAAAUCAUAAUUUCCAGUCAUUCUCUUUUAAAAGGUAUAUCUGGGGAACAUUACUAUGCAACUUUUGACAACUCAUGUUAUUCUGGUCAAAAUAUAUGUUUAGAUUUAGAGGAUGCACCAUCUGAAAAUGUAUUAGAUUUUGUCAGGGUUGAGCCUCAGUUGUCAAAAAUAACUGAUGCAAAGCAUCUGAGAUACUCUUAUAAGGAUAAUCUGGUUAAACAGGAUGAAAUCAUACAGAACCAGACUAGAUGGUCUCUAAAUGAUCACUCAAAGCUAAAAAGAAAAAGCUCAAAUACUGCAUCUGCUAUACAAAGGGGUGAAACUGCUUUGUCACCACUAAUGUGCAAUUUGAACACCAAAAACUUGAAAAUGAAAGAUGAAAAUGAUUGGCCGGAAAAUCUUGAAAUUACAACGAACAAUGCUGACAUCCCUAAGUAUUCCAAUGUGCCGUGCACACCUAGGUUUUCGGGCCAAAGGAAGAAAAAGAUAAUCCAUUCUGAUUUAAACAUGAAUUUUAGUCCUGACAUUGUGCCUCCUCCUAAAGAAGACAACAGAAGGGACAUCACGGUACAAAGAAAAAGAUUAACCAGAAGCGGGCUCUCUGUGGCUUUUUGUUCACUAAACCAUGAAGAGGGCAAAUAUUUCAGGCACUGUGUGGAAAGUGAGAUCCUUUCUGGAAAAUGCAAAGUCAAACAGGAACAGAUUGUAUGUGAUGAGCACAGGGAUACAUACAAUUGCUCUUCAGAUUUGUUUGUUUCUUUACAAAACAGUAGGGACAUGAACCAAUCGGAUGUGACAGAGAUGUCUAAAGUAAAUGAAGCAAAGAAUGUCAACACAUCAGAACCUGGACUUUCAGACGCACUUCCUUUUUCACCAUGUUGGCAAUCCACCCCAGUGGCAUAUCAGCACAGAUUCAGACAGAAGUCUGAGCUGAGUCAUGUAUGUGGAGAAUCGAUGUACUCCAAAAGACUUGAACUUGAGUUUAAAAGCGAUAUUCCAGGUCUGAAGGAAAAUGGACAAAACAAACCUAAAGUCACAAUGUCAGAGUCGGCUCAGUUACAGAUUAUUGGUGUUACAGAAAUAUUCAUGGACAAGUCUGAUGUGCAGGGUAAAAGUUGUAAUUCAUCGAUCAAUUUAAAUGAAUGGUCCAGAGAUCUCUUUGAAAUUUGAAAUAGUGAACUGAAAAUGUUGCUGGACAGUCUCAUCUUCAUGAUUAAACACUAAUGUAAUGAUGUUGUUCAAAAAACAAAUUUUAUGUAUUAUUUGUAAAAAUGUUUUCGCACUAUUUGCUAUAACGCAUUUUUAUUCACUUUAUUAUAACAAAACAUAAAGCUUUGUUUCUUACA